AUGGUAUCGCCCACACGCAAUUCAGAAGCACGUAUGCAACUACUUCGACCAAGCUCGACGCUUCUUGACCUUGAUCUCCCAAAGGCAAAGGAUUCACGACCAGACCUCUGUCGCUUGGAUAGCAAGGUAUCACGACCCACAACAGGAGAUACGUCUCAUGGUGGCUCAUUCUACACUGCCGAAGUAUACCUCGACGGCGAGCUAGACUUGUCGGGUUCACCGCGGCAGGCAGGCUCUUCGACAAAAUGGCUAAUUCCAAAGGACACAAUGGACACACUGCCGAGUAUUCCAGCUCCGGUGCAUAUGCCACUGCCGACGAGCCCCAGGCGCCACGCCCGAAAUCGCCUUGGAGCUGGUGCACUGACCGAACCCGGGCUUUCGCCACCUGCACCUGCGAUGACCUCCGAGCCGAGCGCACGACCAAGCUUCCAUUCAACCCUGCACCCAGCAUCCCUACCAUCAUCUUGGGUGGAGCUAACAGAGAUUCAGGAUCGUACGCCCACGCAGAGCUUGUAUCUUUCAAGUACCUCGCUCAACAUAGCGAUUGCAUCCGCUGACAGGGAUCACAUUCCCAUGGUUGCUACUAUAAGCGCCUCUACUAGCGUUGGCGCCCUAGAGGACGCCAAGUUGUAUCCCCAGGCACUGUCCAUGUGCUCGCUCCCUUCUAUUCCAUCCACUCCCGAUACGCCGGAGCAGACGUUUGAAACAGAGCUGAGUGAGGAACUAGGUGAUGACACUCUCAACACGGAGACACGGAGGGACUCCUCUUUCCUCGGUGUUCUUCCUUCCAAGCCAGAGGAUGAUGGAAGAGUGUCGGUUGGCGCGUUUGUACACUAA